GGCAACAUGCAGCUCUAUCGUCUUGUUGUGUCGGCGGUUUUCAAAGACUGAAGUGAGAGCCCAAGACCAGGACUAACGGGAGAGGUUAGAACCAGCAUGCCACAUGUACAGCUAUUUACUGAGAGUGUCGCUAUCUUUAGACAUCUAGUUUUAUAGACACUUGGAGAAUGUGUUAAGAUCGGGACAGCAUCACGGAUUCGUGUACCAGCAACUGUCCUUAACAGAACAGACUAUUUAUCCACUCAACGCAACAGGAUCGAUAGUUUCCUCAAGACAGAUAUGAACACCAACGAUGCGAAGGAAUAUCUCUCCAGAAGAGAGAUACCACUACUGUUUGAGAGUCUGUUGACUGGUCUGAUGUACUACCGACCGGAUGACCCAAUAGACUAUUUAGAGACCUGUCUUAAGAAGGUGAGGGAGCUCGGCGGAACUGACAAAGUUCGGUGGGACACAUUCGUUGGUCAGGAGAAGAAGUCUUUACUGCCUCUCAAUGGUGGGCAGUCACGCCGAUCUUUUUUCCGAAAUGUUCUCCCAGACAGCCCCAACUUCCCCUAUCGGAGGUACGAGCGCCUCCCACCCAUCAACCAGUUCUCCAUAGAGAGUGACUCAGACCUGUCUGAGACAGCGGAGCUCAUAGAGGAGUAUGAAGUGUUUGACCCCUCUAGACCCAGACCCAAAGUCAUCCUCAUGAUAGGUGGCCCAGGCAGUGGUAAAGGGACACAGUGUCUGAAGAUCGCCGAGCGCUAUAGCUUUGAAUAUGUGUCAGUGGGUGAGCUACUCAGGAAGAAGAUGAUCCAUAAUGCCACCAGCAACAGGAAGUGGAGUCUAAUUGCCAGGAUCAUCACCAAUGGAGAACUGGCACCACAGGAAACAACCAUAACUGAGAUCAAGCAGAAGAUCAUGAAGAUUCCAGAUGCCAGUGGAAUCGUUAUAGACGGCUUCCCUCGAGACGUGGCUCAGGCUCUUUCUUUUGAGGAUCAGAUCUGUACUCCAGACCUGGUGUUGUUUCUGGCCUGCUCAAACCAGCGUCUGAAGGAGCGCCUGGAGAAGCGUGCGGAGCAGCAGGGUCGCCCAGAUGACAACCCUAAAGCCAUCGAUCGACGCUUGACUAAUUUCAAACAGAAUGCCAUCCCCCUGGUCAAAUACUUCCAGGAGAAAGGCUUGAUCGUCACACUUGAUGCAGAUCGAGAUGAAGAGGAAGUCUUCUAUGACAUCAGUAUGACAGUUGACAACAAGAUGUACCCCACCAAAGAACCCGUGGCAGGACCCAGUGAGCUUGACCUCAGUCUUCUCACAGACAGCAGUACUCUAGCAGAUGAACCCACCAAAUUUGACGAACAGACUGAAGAGGUGGCUGGAUAUGCAGAGGCCAUCAUAGAAAGUUUUCCAGUGGAGAGCAAGAAACCAAAGGUCAUCUUUGUGAUCGGUGGUCCGGGAUCAGGGAAGGCUCAGCAGUCGGAGAAGAUUGAGGAGCGGUACAGUUUGAAACGUCUUUGUCCUGGGGACAUCCUGUGCAGUGAGCUGCAGUCACACAGCGAGAGGGGGCGGUUUCUCCGAGACCUCCUGGAGAGAGGAGAGCAGCUUCCUGAGGAGACACUGCUGGAUCUGUUGUGUGAGUCCAUGGCGUCCACUGUGCGUCAGGUGAAGGGCUUCCUGGUCACUGGCUUCCCGAAGAAUGUAAAGCAGGCGCAAGAUUAUGAAGCAAAGAUGGGGCAGCCUGAUAUAGUGCUGUUACUGGAAUGUUCUGCAGACAUCAUGAGGAGACGGCUGCAGCAGAGGGCCAGCUGCAGUCUGCACACUAAAGAGGCUCGAGACAGAGACACUCGCCGUAGAGUGGACGGAUUCUGCAGUCUGGUCAAUCCAGUGGUCGUUCACUAUGAACACAGAGAAAUUGUACAUAAGAUUGAUGCUGAACAGCCCCCGGAAGAUGUCUUUGAGCAGAUCUGUCUGGUCUUGGACUCCUGCUAGAGAUUUUGGAAUCGCACUGCUCGCUGGAGGACGCAACCAUCACCUACAGCUCUUAUGCAGACUGACUCGCAUUAAUCAUUUACACAAGUGUUCCUCACACACACUCAUAUAACAGCUUCUGUCAAGUCCACUUGGAAAACUACUAUCCAGCUGAAAGCACCCGGCAACUUUUCAAUUUCACCCCAGCCUCCUUCUCUGUAUAUCUACCCAUGGUAUGCCAAUUGUUAUCUCUUGGUAUUGAACAUUUAUGCUAAAUGCUAAAGGUAGCUUUCCAUAUGAAGUGAUUCAGCUCUGCACAUCAUGUACAUUACUACAUUUACUAAACAUUUUUAGUUUAUUUACUGCAGUUUGAUGGGAAGUAAUGGUGUCUUUUACCCUGUCACCUAACCAUUAUUUUAACCUCGAGCACUGGAAUCUGUAAAACUGAUCAGCAUGAAUGAACCAGCAACUGGAGAGUGUUUUUUAAUGUAUCAUUUAUGUAAUUUCGUGCUUUAUAUUGUACUAAGCAUGCCAGAAUAGUAAUUUAUUGCCAUUGUAUAGUUCAUUGAAAGCAGAAAUGAAUGAGCUGGAGGGAAAGAUGGUUAUAGUCUGGUUCCAGGCUUAAUGAAAGAUUGAAUUUCGCAAUGAGGUCUGAUAACUAUAUUCUUCCUUAUCAAGCAGAGUGAAAUAAAAGGACAUCAUAUGUU